GCCAUCUAAAGGAGCCUUACAAAGAUCUGUGAUGAAUAACAAUAUGAUCAUUCAUCUGUUAAUCCAAGAACACAAACCCUUGCUCUCAUCAACCAUGAGCUUUAACAAAGAUGGCACACUGUUCCAAAUAAGUGGUGUACCUAAACACGGACCAGUAGAAGCCAACUUGCAUCAACUAAGAUGGCUAGUAGAUAUGCAUGCAAUUGACACGUGUGUACGCCUCCAUCUCAUCACCACCAACGAAUCCUCCAAAGAUUUAAACCUCACCACUGUGAGCGCCUCCCUCAAUUGCUCACCAAAUACGCCAAAUUGUUUCAUACACCCACGUCUCUUCCUCCCAAACGAAAAAUUGACCAUAAAAUUACCAUUGUAGGUCCGUCUGAUCCCGUAAAUAUGCACCCUUAUUGGUACCUACACUUCCAAAAGCAAUGAAUGAUCAUAUUGUUAUUCAUCACAGAUCUUUGUAAGGCUCCUUUAGAUGGCUUCUCAGCAGGUUUGGUUGAUGAGAGCAAUGUGUUUGAAUGGAAUGUCACCAUCAUUGGUCCACCUUAUUCUCUCUAUGAUGGAGGAUUUUUCAAUGCAAUCAUGAGUUUUCCUCCUGAUUAUCCUCAGAAUCCACCAAAAAUGAAGUUUACUUCUGAGAUUUGGCAUCCUAAUGUUUACUCUGAUGGAACUGUCUGCAUUUCAAUUCUUCACCCUCCUUGUGAUGAUCCAGUUGGUUAUGAAGAUUCCGGAGAGCGCUGGUUGCCUAUUCAUACGGUAUCUGUUACGCUUUCUUACGAUUCGCUGCUCAUCUUCCAUAGCUAGCAAUGUGAGUAAGAACUAAUACUGAAUUAUGAUGUGCAGGUUGAAAGCAUAUCUCUGAGCAUUAUAUCAAUGCUUUCAAGCCCGAAUAUCGAGUCUCCUGCAAACAUAGACGCUGCGAUAGAAUGGAGAGAUAAGAGAGGUGAAUUCAAAAAGAAAGUGGCUCGCUGUAUAAGGAAGUCUCAAGAAAUGUAAUGAAUUACAAGACAAGUUUGUUUGAAUUUCCUAUUUGUUGAGGGAGAAUUUGUUACAGUUCUAGUAAUAGUUUUCAUAAUGUUGUUGAACUUCUGUAAGAUUAGUGGAUUAAAUAUUUAGUUGGAAAAAAAAUCAUGAAAUAAAGUGAGUCUUAGCUUUU